AUGAUUGCACGUAUCGCGGAGAAUGCUUUCAAGAAGAUAUCGCGAUCUGUACCCAAGUUUCGUGGUGAUCUUCGUGCUCACGAACUUGGUCUGGUUCGCCGAACAGCAUCAACUCUGGUGAGACCUCCAUCCUCGGAUGAUGCAGAACUGGCCUCUCUCUUCGACCAACCGCAGACAGGGCAGAAAGCCUCACCGUUAUUUGUCACAGGCAUUUUUCAGCAUCCUCAACUGACAACGCCAGCUGCGUUCAGUGCGCUCGCUGACUCGACCCUCGUACGCGCGCAGCUCCUAACAGAACGAAUAUUGCGGGCUAGGGAAUCUCGAUCCGAGCUAUUCAAAGUGAUCAAGAAUCUGGACAGACUCAGUGAUCUCUUGUGCGGUGUUAUCGACCUAGCGGAGCUCUUGCGGAAUGCACAUCCUGAUGCUCAUUGGGUGGAUUGCGCUACGGAGAGCUACGAGAAAUUAUGCGAGUUCAUGAAUGUACUGAAUACUCAUGUCGGGUUAUAUGAAGUGCUGCACACUGUACUACACGACCCGGAAAUUGUCAAGUCUCUCAGUCAGGAAGCACUUCAAACAGCACUGAUAUUCUGGCAUGAUUUCGAAAAGUCUGCUAUCAAACUUCCCCCAGAACAAAGGGAGAGAUUUGUGUCCCUUUCGUCCGAGAUUCUAUCUGUAGGUCACGCGUUUGUCACGGAAGCUUCUGCCCCGCGACCGCCGGUGAAGAUCAAGCCCUCCGAGCUAGAAGGUUUGAAGGACCGAGGAAUGGGCGCUCGUCUUCAAAGACAAGCAUUUUUCACGCAGAAGGACUUGCUGGUCUAUCCGGGCUCUCACCAAGCCUAUAUGAUCUUGCGCGAGGCACCUGAUGAAGAGCCACGAAGAAAGGUGUACAUGGCAGGUCACAUGAGCAGUGCAGGGCAAAUUGACCGCCUUGAGCGGUUGCUAAAUGCGCGUGCACAACUGAGCCGCCUGGUAGGUUGGGACAGUUAUGCUAGCAUGACGCUCAGCGAUAAGAUGGCGAAAACUCCGGAAAAUGUCAAUCAUUUUUUGGGUACCUUCUUGGAUCGGACCACGCUCGUUGCUCGUAAAGCAUUGCAUACAUUGCGUUUGCGGAAGCAAGCGCAUCUUAAAUCGACGGACCUCCCUAUUAUCCAAGCGUGGGAUAGGGAUUACUAUUGCCCACCCGAACCGCCAGCGCCACCGGUUCCCCUCCCUCCUCUUUCACUCGGACGUGUAUUUAUGGGCCUUUCAAGACUAUUUAAACACCUCUAUGGAAUAACGCUACGACCCGUUGGUGUCGCAUCUAGCGAAGUAUGGCACUCUGACGUACACAAACUAGAAGUAGUUGACGAAGAUAGAGGCGUCGUUGGCUGGAUAUAUGCUGAUCUCUUCGCACGUAGUGGGAAGUCGCGCGGAGCGGCACAUUACACUGUUAGAUGCUCCAGACGAACGGACGAUGACGAUGAAGCUGGCGACCUACGAAUACCCGGAGCAGAUGAAUUCGUUGGUCCCUCUAUUGAAUUCGAAGUAACUAAGCGACACAGACUACGCGGUGAGCAUGGUGAGUUCCAGCUGCCACUGGUAGUCCUCCUUUGCGAUUUUGUACCGCCAUCUGUUGCUCGGGGUCCUACCAUUCUCGAAUGGUAUGAAGUUCAAACCUUGUUCCAUGAAAUGGGACACGCCAUGCAUUCCAUGAUCGGUCGGACAGAGUACCACAAUGUUGCAGGGACGCGCUGUGCGACUGACUUUGUCGAACUACCUUCCAUCCUCAUGGAACACUUCCUCAACUCCCCCAAAGUUCUCUCCCUCUUCGACACUGACGGCUCUUCUAUCAUCAAUCAAAUCGGAAAUCAUCACGAAGACCCUUGCCGGUACAUUGAUACCCAUAAUCACAUCUUACUUUCUCUGCUUGACCAGGUAUACCAUUCCCCCUCCGUCCUUGAGCCAGGCUUUGACUCGACGACCGCUCUCGCAAACUUGUACAAUACUCGCGGUCUGAUCCCGCAUGCACCUGGAACGUCGUUCCAGACGCAGUUUGGACACCUGUUUGGAUACGGUGCAACGUAUUACUCGUAUCACUUCGAUCGUGCUAUUGCAUCCCACGUGUGGCGGAAGAUCUUUUCUGCUGACCCCCUCAACCGCGAGCUGGGAGACAAGUACAAGCAGGAGGUGCUGAAGUACGGUGGUGGGAGGGACCCGUGGUUAAUGCUCAGCGCAUUGCUUGAUGCACCUGAGCUAGAAGUCGGUGACGCAGAAGCGAUGCGAGAAGUUGGUAGAUGGAGGAUGGAAGAUGGAGUCGUUCCGGAAAGACAUUAG